AUUUAACAAUACACCAUUUAGAUACCCUGGUGUAGUAGCAUAAAACACAAGGACGACGAAACUUCGCAUCGUGGCACAAUACCCACAAUAUCGUGACCUGCUUGAAGUAGUUGUCCAAAACUGGUUUUAUGUUUAUUACAUAUAGAUCUUCGGACCUACCAAAAAUUUUAAUAUUGCAUAACUGUAAUGAAAAUGUAGUGGUUAGAUGUUGUUGUAAAAUAAUGUCAGUGUCAUUUUGCGAUACUAAUUUGCAAGUUCUUUUUCUUCUAACAUAAACGAUGGAAGCAUGGAUUUCACUACUAAUUGUAAUCAUCGUGUUUCAUCCCUCAAAAAAUGUACAAAACAACUACGGAUGUUCCUAUGAAGUACUUCUAACCAACGACAGACAAAUAGUCUGCGCUAAUAUAACAUCCUCAUUCUUUCAGUAUUUCAAUAUCAAUGUAAAUAGGUACCACUGGCUAACCUGCAAGAGCUGUAAUUUAAGUACAAUAUCAACUGAAACCUUCCACUUCCCAAAGAACGCCAUCACUUACCUAUUUUUAAUAGAUAAUCAAAUAAUUAGCAUAAGCAACUACUCGUUCAGCAAGUUACCACAUUUAAAGGUACUCAAUUUAAGGAAUAAUUUAAUUCGCACGAUUGCAACGCACACGUUUUCCGGAAUUGGUAAACUGCUACAGCUGGACCUUAGCAGGAACUUACUGGAGCGCCUGGACGCUGACACAUUUCGCGAUCUGGAAAACUUGGAUAUCUUAAACUUAAACCAAAACCGAAUUAGUUUCGUGCACCAGGAGGCCUUCGCCAGUUUAAAGAGGCUCAAAUAUCUGUACAUUAACCGCAAUUACAUCUCAUCACUAAGCGACAACAUGUUCGAAAAUCUCGUCGAUUUAAAGAUUUUGUACUUGGAAAACAACGACAUUACCGAAAUAAGUCGCUUGGCCUUUAAUGGAUUGGAUAACUUGAACUACUUGUACCUCAACAACAACACCAUAAUAACACUAUCGCAAUAUAACUUUAAACCCCUACGAAAUCUUAUCGAUCUUCAAUUGCGCUUUAAUAAUUUAACGAUAAUAGACACUAGCGUCUUUAACGGACUAAGAAAUUUAAAGUUCCUAUAUUUGGGCAACAACCGCUUAGAAAGUAUCAAUUGGUAUGGAUUAAUUGGGCUAGAUUCCCUAGAGGUGAUCGAUUUAAUCGAAAACAAGUUUCAGUAUUUCUCGUUAGGGCACCUGAAAAACAUGAAAAAUCUAACUGUUCUCUGGUUGGAAAACAAUAACAUCAGCAAUUUUACCAUUCACUCUGAUACGGACGUGCAAAACUCUUUGAAAGUAAUUAAUCUUGUGAAAAACGAACUUGAUUACAUCGAUUAUAGGUUGCUUUUCAAAAAGGUUCCCCAACUAGAGGAGGUGUGGUUAGGGAGGAACAAUUGGACGUGCGAAUUUAUUAUUGAAAUGCACGAUUUUUUCGUUAGUAGUAAUAUUUCGGUCUGCACUGUAGCGAAUUGUACAGGGGAGGCUUUUAAACGGUAUAUCGACAGUAUUUGCUUUGAGCCGUAUGCAAACGAAACUGAGCUUAGUUAUGACUUUGCAACUGAUUGUACAAAUAGUAGUUCUGUAAGUUAUUUUAUUUUGUUUGUUGUGUUACUUAAAUGUUAUGUUUCUUCUACCUCAUUUUAAAAUAUUGUUAUUUGUUAUAUUGUUUUAUAUGUAAAUAUAUUAUUUAUGGCUUUCUUA